AUGGGCGUGACACUUCCACCUUUCUCUUCACAAUAGCGUUUCGUCAUCCCUAAUAACAGUGACGUUGCAGAAUGCUGACUCCUCAUUGGCUCAGGUGGAGCAUUAUUAAAAGAGCCUCGACAUUUCCUGCUUCAUUUGUCCAAUUGCGAGUCAAGCGAAUGUUCGUCACUUUUGUCUUUCUCUGCGGGAUUAAAAGUGACAAAAAUCUUUUUGUUUCGUGCUGACAUCAUGAACUUGUUUGUAUUCUUUCUUCUGGUCGUGCAAAUGCACAGCGUGACGCCUGUGAUUCACACGCUGCAGUAUUUCCACACUACGACCUCUCAAGUUCCAAACUUCCCAGAGUGUGUGAUUGUUGGUUAUGUUGAUGGAGUUGAGAUUAGUUACUAUGACAGCAACAGCAGGAAAGCAGAAUCCAAACAGGACUGGAUGAACAAAAUCACAGCAGAGGAACCAAACUACUGGCUGAUAGAAACAGAGAACUGUGUUGUUCUUGAGUUUACUAACAAACACAACCUUGGAGUUCUUGAGAACUCCCUGCUGCACCUCCUUGUGCUCCUUGUGGGAAUUAAAAGACUCUCACUUGCACGUCGUCCUCCUGUCUCCUGCAUUUUGGGGUCAAAACUAGAGCAGCCAUGCGAAUGCGGGACUACAGACGAAAAACAGAACGUGGACGGUUUUCGAAAGAUGCGAUGGAGGCUGCUGCUGAAGCUGUUGUUAAAGGCGGUCUAA